AUGGGAAGCAAACCUUCACCUUGCCGUCAAUUACACUUUGAAGAAUUCAAAGAGCAAGAGGAGGACUUUGACAUUGUUAAUGAAGGUAGCAUACAUGAUAUUGAGGAGACGAGUGGGCUCAACUCUGUUAAGGACUUGAAUAAAAUCCACUCAUCUAUCCCUAAUGAAACGAUUCCACACAUAGGCAUGGAGUUUGAAACUGAAGAUCAGGCUUGGCAAUACUAUUUGGCAUAUGCCAAACUAGUUGGAUUUGGUGUUAGAAAAAGUAAAAGCCACAAUGACAAGUAUGGCAAAUUGAUUGCUAGGACAUUUUGUUGUAGCGCUGAAGGAAAACGGGGAAAAGAUAAACGAGAUGGUAGCGUGAAAGCCCCUCGCCCAGAAACAAGGUGUGGUUGUUUGGCACGAAUGAAAGUUAAUAGUCGCCAAACUGGCAAGUUCCGUGUGAUUGAAUUUGUGGUAGAGCAUAAUCAUUACCUUUCAAGUCCAAAUAAAACUCAUCUAUAUAGAAGCCACAGGAGUAUUACUUCUAACUUAGCUGUUGACAUUGAAAUGGCACAUAAUGUCGGAAUAGCACCAAAAGUAGCUCAUGCGCUUAUGGCUAGGCAAGCUGGUGGACGAGAGAAUGUAGGUUUUAUUCCUGAAGAUUAUAAAAAUUAUUUGCGUUCUAAGAGAACAAGAGAUGUGAAGAUAGGGGAUACAGGAGGGGUUCUUGAAUAUUUACAAAAAAUGCAAUUUGAGGACCCUAAUUUUUUUUAUGCGAUACAAGUUGAUGAAGAUGAUCUGAUAACUAACAUAUUCUGGUCUGAUGGAAAGAUGAAAGCAAAUUAUGCAAAUUUUGGAGAUGUUAUCUGCUUUGACACAACUUACAGGAAAAAUAAAGAAGGCCGACCAAUUGCAUUAUUUGUGGGUGUAAACCAUCAUAAGCAAACUACUAUUUUUGGUGCUGCUUUGCUAUAUGACGAAACUUCAAUGACUUUUGAGUGGUUAUUUGAUACUUUUACUAGAGCUAUGUCUGGGAAAAAGCCUAUGACAAUUCUCACAGACCAAGAUGCAGCAAUGGCUAAGGCAUUAGCUUCUAAAUGGCCUGACACACAUCAUCGCCUUUGUAUUUGGCACAUCUAUCAGAAUGCUGCCAUUCAUUUGAGUAGUGUUUUUACUGAAUUCAAAAGUUUUGCUCAUGAUUUUAGUACAUGCAUAUAUGAUUUCGAGGAAGAAGAAGAUUUUGUUGCAGAAUGGAACAGAAUGUUAGAAAAAUAUGAUCUUCAAAAUAAUGACUGGUUGAAACGAUUAUUCAGAAUAAAGGAGAAGUGGGCAUUAGUAUAUGGGCGCCAAUAUUUUUGUGCAGACAUGACUACAACUCAAAGAAGUGAGAGUAUGAACAGUGUCCUCAAAAGGUAUGUGAAUUAUAAACACAAUUUUCUUGAGUUUUUUAAUCAUUUUCAGAGGCUACUUGAAGAUCGCCGUUAUGAAGAGUUAAAAGCUGAUUUUAGGGCAAAUAUAAGCUUUUUAGCAUUACAGUAUCCUUGUGAGCUCUUGAAACAUGCAGCAAAUAUCUACACGCCUGAAGCUUUCAAGUGCUUUCAAACUGAAUGGUGCAAGUCUUUAGAUGCUAAAUUUCAUGAUUGUGGUGAAGUUGAAUCUGUGAGAAAGUAUGAGAUUACCCUUUUUAAAAAAGGUUACUAUCAUACUGUUUUUCAUGACUUGUUAAAUGACAAGUUUGAUUGCAGUUGUAGAAAAUUUCAAUUUACUGGAAUUUUUUGUUCUCAUAUUUUGAAAGUUUUUAUGAUGAGAAAUAUUGUCAAGAUUCCAAGUGAAUACAUAUUAAAGAGAUGGACACGCAAAGCAAAAACUGGAUUUUUUGGAGAUGAAGAUUCUACUGUUGACACCAACAAUUUAGAUCCUAAAUUGGUCUCAAGCAUGCGGUAUAGAGAAUUGUGCAGGAUAUAUGUUCAAUUAGCUACACGAGCAGCGGAAACAGAGGAAACAUACAAAAUUGCAAAAGAUAGUCUUCUUAAGUGCUUGAAGAGGUGGAUGCAAAAUUACAGGAUGAAGUAG